CCUUCGAGAAUUGAGCUCUCCCAAAGAAUGAGUAGUAUAGUAUGUAGAGGAUGUGUUAUUGUGGUCAUCCCUUACAUCAGUUAGCAGAAUAUAAAGCAUCUCUGAUCCAAUCACUUCCUCUUGUUCAUGCCAAAACAAAACCCUUCUACAGUUACUCAUCUAUACAACUCCAAGAGGCUCUUUUUGCAUGAGACAUCAUCUCUCGUAAAACAACCAACCCUUCAAUCAUCACAUCUUCCUCAGUCAAAAUUCUCAACACACUUCCCAAUCACACACUUUUCCCAUUUCACCAUUCACACUUUUCUUUCCCUCCCUCCCUCACUCCUAUUAUUAUUGUUGUUCCUUAAUUUUGGAACCUUGCCUCAAACCUUUUCUUCCUAUAAUAACGUCUUCUACAUACACACUCCUCCUUACUAGGUUGUCUUUUUAGCCUUUUGGAUUUGGUUACCUUUUUUCUUUUGGUGCAAAACAUUCCCCACCCUUUGGACCAUAGUGGUAUAUUGAAGCCUAAAAGGUGAGAGAGAUUUGAAAGAGAGUGAUGAGAAACACUGAAGCAACACAUGAAGCUAUGGAGAUAGAAGCAAGUAGGCCUUCAGGAAAUGGAGCAGCACUUCCAGGGCUGAGUCCUUUGAGUGAGACCCUAUGGAGAGAGAAAGCUAACACAGAUAUCAUUGGAGAUGUCUCAGCAAGACUCACAUGGAAGGAUCUAACUGUGAUGGUUACUCUUAGCAAUGGUGAGACACAAAAUGUUUUGGAGGGUUUAACUGGUUAUGCUGAACCUGGAACCUUCACUGCUCUCAUGGGACCUUCAGGUUCAGGAAAAUCUACUCUUCUUGAUGCUCUCUCUAGUCGUCUUGCUGCAAAUGCUUUCCUCUCAGGAACCAUCCUCCUCAAUGGUCGAAAAGCCAAGCUCUCUUUUGGCACUGCUGCUUAUGUGACACAAGAUGACAACUUGAUUGGUACCUUAACAGUACGAGAAACAAUCUCAUACUCAGCUCGUUUGCGUUUGCCGGAUAAGAUGCCAUGGUCAGAUAAGAGAGCUUUGGUUGAGAGUACCAUUGUGGCAAUGGGUCUUCAAGACUGUGCUGACACAGUGAUUGGAAAUUGGCACUUGCGUGGGAUCAGUGGUGGAGAGAAGAGAAGGGUUAGCAUUGCCUUGGAAAUCUUGAUGAGGCCUAGAUUACUUUUCCUUGAUGAGCCAACUAGUGGACUUGACAGUGCUUCAGCUUUCUUUGUGACUCAGACGCUACGUGCCUUGGCAAGGGAUGGAAGAACAGUGAUAGCUUCCAUUCAUCAACCAAGUAGUGAAGUGUUUGAACUAUUUGAUCAAUUGUACUUGCUUUCUGGGGGCAAAACUGUUUAUUUUGGCCAAGCUUCGGAAGCAUAUGAGUUCUUUGCACAAGCUGGCUUUCCGUGCCCUGCUUUGAGGAACCCUUCUGAUCAUUUCCUUAGGUGCAUCAAUUCUGACUUUGACAAAGUCAAAGCCACUCUUAAAGGGUCCAUGAAACUCAGGUUUGAGGGAAGUGAGGAUCCACUGGACAGGAUCACUACUGCUGAAGCAAUCAGAACUCUUAUUGAUUACUACCGCACUUCUCAGCACUCUUAUGCUGCAAGACAAAAAGUGGAUGAGAUAUCCAAAGUUAAGGGAACAGUUCUUGAAGCAGGAGGAAGUGAGGCCAGUUUCUUGAUGCAGUCUUACACCUUAACCAAACGUUCAUUCAUCAACAUGUCAAGGGACUUUGGAUACUACUGGCUUAGGCUUGUUAUCUACAUUGUAGUCACUGUUUGCAUUGGAUCCAUUUAUUUGAACGUGGGCACAGGCUACAACUCAAUUCUGGCUAGGGGUUCAUGUGCAUCUUUUGUCUUUGGUUUUGUCACCUUCAUGUCAAUUGGUGGAUUCCCUUCAUUUGUUGAAGACAUGAAGGUUUUCCAAAGGGAGAGGCUUAAUGGCCACUAUGGUGUCACUGCAUUUGUCAUAAGCAACACUUUAUCUGCAAUGCCCUUCUUGAUAUUAAUCACUUUCCUCUCUGGCACAAUUUGUUACUUCAUGGUUCGCCUACACCCUGGAUUUUGGCAUUACUUGUUCUUUGUGUUGUGCCUUUAUGCCAGUGUCACAGUUGUUGAAAGCUUAAUGAUGGCAAUUGCUAGCAUUGUCCCCAACUUCCUCAUGGGUAUCAUUAUUGGAGCAGGGAUUCAGGGCAUAUUCAUGUUGGUCUCUGGCUACUUUAGGCUCCCACAUGAUAUACCAAAGCCAGUCUGGCGCUACCCAAUGUCAUACAUCAGUUUCCACUUCUGGGCAUUACAGGGUCAGUACCAAAAUGAUUUGAGGGGCUUGGUAUUUGACAAUCAGACACCAGAUCUUCCAAGGAUUCCAGGUGAGUACAUCUUGGAAAAAGUGUUCCAAAUUGAUGUCAACAGAUCCAAGUGGAUAGAUUUGAGUGUGAUUUUCAGUAUGAUUGUCAUCUACCGCAUUAUUUUCUUCAUCAUGAUCAAAAUCAAUGAGGAUGUUACACCAUGGGUAAGAGGGUACAUUGCUAGGAGAAGAAUGCAGCAAAAGAGUGGAACUCAGAAUACAACAAUUGCACCUGAUGUUCUCACUCAAUCACCAUCUCUCAGAACCUAUGUUGCCAAUCAAACAAAAUGAAGUCAUCAAAGUUUGACUCAGGAAUGAAGCUUUAUCAAGUAGGAUUA